CAGGAAACAAUAGAAAAACCAGGCGCUUUUAAAAGCCGUUCCCGGCGCCCGGGCCUCCGCUCCGGGGCCCCGCCCCGAGGAGGCCUCGCCGCACCGGCCCCGCCUCGGGAAGAUGUCUCCGGCGGAGCCCGGGCGGUUCUUCUGCACCGCGGGCCGCGGCAUGGAGCCGUUCCUGGCGCGGGAGGUGCGGGAGCGGCUCGGCGCCACCGAGGUGGACUGCGUCUCGGGAAAGGUGUUCUUCAGGGCGGCGGCGGGGCCGGGCGAGCUGCGGAGGCUGCGGUCGGGGGAGCGCCUGUUCCUGCUGCUGAGGAGGCGCGGGCCGCUGCCGGUGUCCGGGAGCAGAGGGAAAAUGCUUCAUGAGAUUAAAAGCUUUGUCAUUGAGGAACCAAAAUACUGGCUGGAUAUUAUCUCUGUUUGGAGAAAGCUUCAUGGACACAAGGGGAAGACAGAUGAUGUCUCUCAAGAAAACACAUUGGCUCUGAAGAGAAAGUCAGAAGAAGAGACAAAUACUGCAAGUAAAAGACAGAAAACAGAACAAGUAAGAGCAGUUGUGUCUGAGCUAUGUCAGGUGGAAGCUGGAGAGACCUGUGUGGCACUAGAGAGAAUGAGCAGUGAGGAGUGCUGGACUGAGAGCAAGACUUCCUCAGAAUUCUCUUCCAAAGGCAGUGGAGAGGAUCCUGCUGCGAAUGAGCAGCUUGGCUUCAGUUUCAGAGUGUCUUGUCGUUGCAGUGGAGCGAUUGCCAAAAUACUCACUUCACAGGAGAUCGGGAGAGCCAUUGGUGUCACGCUUGUGAAGCAGUGCGGGUGGCGUGCUGAUCUGCGGGACCCCGACCUGGAGAUCUUUGUACAUCUUAAUGACAUUCAGACUGUGGUGGGGAUUCCUCUUUUCAGGCUUCCACUGGCAAACAGAGAGUAUAUCAAAACAGCAGGACUGCGGUCAACAGUCGCGUGGGCCAUGGCAUCUCUGGCUGAAAUCAGUGCUGGUGCCCUUGUGCUGGAUCCCAUGUGUGGACUGGGAACGAUACUACUGGAGGCUGCCAAAGAGUGGCCUGAAGCCUGUUACUGGGGUGCUGAUAUAAGUGAUUCACAGUUAGAGGGUGCAGAUGAGAAUACUAGAACUGCAGGCUUAAUGGAUAAGAUUGAGCUGCUUAAAGCUUCUGCGAAAGCAUUGCCAUUGCCUUCAGAAAGCUUUGACAGUGUUAUUUCGGAUAUUCCAUUUGGGAAGAAAUUCAAGACCACAAAUGAUGCCCAGCUCCUACCAGAUAUUCUCCAGGAAAUGGAGAGAGUGCUUCGUGUUGGAGGGACCCUCGUGUUGCUGCUGAGCCGGGAGCUCCGCAGACGCGUGGAUGGCCUGACCGGGUGUGCUGCAGGUGACUGUGCCGAGGCCUCUGCUGAUGGUGACCCCGGAGCAGCCCCUGCACCGGCCCUGAGCGGGGAUGGGAAUUCCUCCUCCGUGGCACAGGGCAAUGGAGAAUCCCUUCUCAGCAGCCAUUUCGGGUCCCUGGUGCCAGAGGGUGUCUUUGCCGUCAGUCUGGGGAAGACUGAUGCCUUCAUACACAAAUACAGGAAGGUUUCUGCUCCUGGGCUGAGGGAACCUGAAUCCUGAGGCGCUUCGGGAGCAGCAGGCAGGACUCGGUGGGGCCCUGCAGACACAAAGCCAGCGCCAUCCACUGGAUUGCCUCACACCCCUCGGGUGUCCUGAGGCACUGUGCUUUGUCUCCUCGGUUUUUAGGAGAGAUGGAAGAUGCCUACCAGUGUUUCAGCCAGUUCUACUGUACUGUACACAGUGAAACAGGAUGUACUAUAUUGUAAUGAGGCAGAGGCCUCAAAUUCUUGUUUAGGCAAAGCUGCUCAGUAUUGGGAAGGGUUUCUGUGGGAGAGAAGGUCUUUAUUUGCAGAACUGCAAACCCAGAUGUGGUAGUCCACGAUCUUUGGGCUGUGCACUCCAGCUAUUAAUUUUAAAGUAAUAUUUAAGCUACAGCUUUGUCUGUUCUAACUGUUCCUAAUGUUCAGAUUGUUCUUGGGUGGAGGAUAGGCAAGCCACGUGAGCUGCUGAGAAGGAAGGGAGCACAGAAGGAGAAAGAAGCAGCACAGACAGCCAGAGUUUCAACAAGCCCCAGGCCCUGACUCUGUUUUGUGUGUCCUGGGUCCUCCCUGCCCCUGCCUCUCGCCCUCUCUCCCACACUGUUGUGACACAUUUUUUUCACAUUUUUUUCUUCCCUGUACCUUUUCUCCUGAUUCUUCUGUCCUGUCAAAAUAGGGCCUCUAGGACUGUAUCAGUGUUAAGUAAGGGGCCCAAGGCAAUACUGAAAUCACUCUCUCCCUUGGCUUUUAGCACCCUUUGUACAAAGGCUGACAAGCAAAAACCAAAAAUUGCACAUUUUCUCUGAGUACUAAACAUAAAGGCUUCUCACUGCUUUCCUAAGCCACGCCAAUCUGCAGGAACACUGGAGACCUUUUGAGAAGAGAAGGUUAGGGUAGAAUGCUAAAUACAUUUCUCUGUGCUUGUGUCAAGUUUUUGACUGAAGAUCACCUUAAAGAGUAGAGUUGGGUUUAAUAAUGUUAUUUUGUUGACUUCAACAGAGUUUCUCUCAAACUUUUUUACUGAGGAAAGUAUAAAAUGGGAAUAAAUUUGCAUUUUCAAACACUUUUCUGUCCUACAGUAUCUUGUAGUUAUUAAUGUAUAUUUUUGCAGCUGUGCAAUCUGCAAUAAACACUUUCUUUUGAAACUCCA